UCCUCACGACAUGUCCUCUCUGCUCCUUGGCAUUUCCAACUUCCAACCCCUCGUUCUUGAAUUUCCGCCUCUUGACAUUCGAACCCCGAAAUUUGGAGAAACCCAACCCAAAUGACGACGCAACUUUCAUCAGCUGCUACAUCUCUUACUCCGAAACUAAAUGCUCCUAAAGCCAUGUUAUCCAGAACAGUGUAACUCCAAAUGGUGGCUGACGGGGCCUCCAUGUCAUACACAAUAUGCUUGUUGCUUGAGGCCGAGUGGAAACACAAACCUGCAUUAUGCAGGUUCCUAUUAUUCAGAUACACCCAACAUCACAACAGAGAAAUUUCAGGUCCUUACUGUGGAGGAAACAAUUAUGCUAAGUGUCUUUCCACCUGCACAAACACGUUUUCAUGGAGCUCCAGCGCAAAUUAUGUAAGACUUCAGGAUGCCACCAGUAAAAUUUUCAGCAAGUCCAUUGCUACAAAACACUUGGUAAAAAAGAGAACAGGUGUGUGGAGGUGUGCGACCAUGGAAGAAAUAGAAGCUGAAAAAUCGUUGAUUGAGAAAGAUGUAAAAGAAAGAAUGGAAAAGACCAUUGAAACAAUUCGCACAAAUUUCAAUGCAGUAAGAACAGGAAGAGCAAAUCCUACCAUGCUUGACCGGGUUGAGGUUGAGUAUUAUGGAAGUCCGGUGAGCUUGAAGAGCAUUGCGCAAAUUAGUGCCCCAGAUGGAAGCUCUCUCCUUGUCCAGCCAUAUGACAAAUCUAGCUUAAAAGUUAUUGAGAAGGCCAUAGUUAGUUCUGAUCUUGAUUUAACUCCAAACAACGAUGGUGAAGUGAUCCGAUUGACUAUCCCACAGUUGACAACUGAAAGAAGGAAGGAGUUAUCAAAAGUUGUGUCUAAACAGGCUGAGGAAGGGAAGGUCGCCCUGCGAAAUAUAAGGAGAGAUGCAUUAAAAGCUUAUGAGAAACUUCAGAAGGAGAAAAAGCUCUCUGAAGACAAUGUGAAGGAUUUGUCAAGCGAUUUGCAGAAAGUGAUUGAUGAGUACAUCAAGAAGAUUGAUACCAUCCAGAAACAAAAAGAGAAGGAGUUGCUGAAGGUCUAACUCUUCAAAAGAAGUGGAUGUGCAUGAAUGGGUAAGUCUUUUCAUGAUCGUUUCAAGGGAUGUAUGAUUUCUUGCGGGUAUCAUGGACGUUCAUUAAAAAAAAAAAUUCAUGGCCGCGCAUCGUCAAUGACCAUGUCAUGGUUCCUAUGAUUAUGCCAGCAUUUUGUUUGUUAUGUUGCGCAUCAAUUUCCAACUUUGCAUAUAAAUAUCUUAGGAUAGUCUUGUAUUUCUUUAAUGUCUCCCUCUUUUGUUAGUAUAGCUAUGAUGUUGAGCUACAUUUGCUUCAGGCUAUCUUUACACAUGGGAGGGACUUUUGAAAAGAUUGUGUUAGCAUUUCCUGUUUUUC